AAGUGGUCCAUACAAAGUGUCAAAGAUGGCGGCACACAUGUCAAGGCGAAUGCUGCUUAAAUAAUAUCUGCAAUUAUCCUGUUUUCUCUAUGUUAUGAGUCGCUAAAGUGGAUAAUUAAGUAUAGACUGCACUUUAUUACUCAUAUAUGACCACAAAAGGAACGAGGAGAUGGCAGUUUGGGGUGAAUUAAGUCGAAACGUGCGGUUAUUACUAGGUCAAAUUCAAAGGUGCGGGCAGAGUGGGUCUGCAAUAAACCAAUAUCUGAAAUCAGUCCGUUGUAUGAGCCUGGCGGCGCCCCAGCUCCAGCCCACUGUAGAUGAUAAUGAAGCCGUGAACCCGACAUUUGUAAACAGAAACCCGCGGAACCUGGAGCAGAUGGCUCUAGCGGUGAAGGACAGGGGCUGGAGAACAACCUGGCCCUCCCAAAAGUUCUACCACAGGUUGGUUUUCUCUCGCUCCCAGCACCACGUAACAGCUGAGGUGUUUGCCAAUGGUGAUCCUGUCCCUGUGCUGUCGUGUUCCACCAAAGAGUGGGCCCUGAAGCGUGAGCUGGGUUCUACCCGUUGUGUGGCAGCCAGUCAGGCUGUGGGCGAGGUGCUGGCACAGAGGUGUCGUCAAGCUGGCAUAACUAGGAUGGUGUACAGACACAUCCCCUGGCAGUACCGCUCGGAUGCUGUUCAGUCCUACCGGACAGCAAUGAAAGAGGGAGGAGUCACCCUCAGUGAACCGCGGCAGAAAUUCAUCGGGAACUAAGUGCAAAGGCUCCUAAUAGCCUAUAAACAAAAUAUUCUCCCUUUGUUUGUGUUGACACAAAUGGCCCAUUUUCACACAAACAUUUUAUUUAUACAUCAGUGUGUAAUUCAAUAAAAAGGCAGACAAAUGAACAUGA